AUGCGCGGGGGCUGCGCGGCGGCGGCGGCGGUGCCCUGGCUGGCCCUGCUGGCCCUGGCCCGGCAGCCUCCCGAGAAGCCGUCGGCCGCCCCCCAUGUCACCCGCCGCCCCUUCCUGGUGGCCUGGAACGUGCCCACCCAGGAAUGCAAGCCCCGCUACCAGGUGGAGUUUGACUUCAGCAUCUUCGAUCUGGAUGCCUCCCCCAACGAGGGCUUUGUGCGGCAGGACCUCACCAUCUUCUACAAGGAGCGCCUGGGGCUCUACCCCUACUACACCCGCGAGGGUGUGCCCAUCAAUGGCGGUGUCCCUCAAAACAGCAACCUGCCAGAGCACCUGGCCCGCCUUGAGGGCGGCAUCACCAAGUACAUCCAGUCGCCCACCAAGGAAGGGCUGGCCGUCAUUGACUGGGAGGAGUGGCGGCCUGUCUGGGCUCGCAACUGGAAGCCCAAGGACAUCUACCGGGAGGUGUCACAGAGUCUGGUGUCAGAGCGUAACAAGGACUGGCCCCCCGAGAAGGUGAACAAGCAGGCAGUGUUUGAGUUUGAGUCGGCUGCCCAGGAGUUCAUGGUGAAGACCCUGCGUAAGGCCAAGAGCAUCCGACCCAAGCAGCUCUGGGGGUUCUACCUCUUCCCUGACUGCUACAACCAUGACUACAGCAAGAACAAGGAAAGCUAUACUGGGCAGUGCCCAGACGUGGAGAAGACCCGCAAUGACCAGCUGGUGUGGCUCUGGAAGGAGAGCACAGCGCUCUACCCCUCCAUCUACCUCGACCCACUCCUGGACUCCACUCCCAACAUCCGCAAGUUUGUGCGGGCACGGGUGAUGGAGGCCAUACGCAUCUCCCAGCAGCACCACGACAACUACUCCCUACCUGUCUUUGUCUACACCCGGCCCACCUUCAUCCGCAAGCUGAAUGUGCUCAGCCAGCUGGACCUGAUCUCCACCGUCGGAGAGAGCGCAGCACUGGGUGCAGCCGGGGCCAUUUUCUGGGGUGAUGCAGAUGAUGCCAAAAACCGGGAGUUGUGUCAGACUUUGAAGAACUACCUGGAGGGGGACCUGGGACGCUACAUCGUGAACGUCUCGACAGCGGCAGAGCUCUGCAGCACAACACUGUGCCAGGGCCAGGGGCGCUGCCUGCGCCAGGACAGCACUGCUGACGUCUUCCUCCACCUCAACUCUACCAACUUCCGGCUGCGGCGCCGGGAUGCAGACCACCCCAAGCACCCCCUCUUCUGGGUCGAGGGCCAGCUAUCCUCUGCUGACAUCCUCUUCCUACGGACCCACUUUCACUGCCACUGCUACCAGGGCUGGCAGGGCAGUAGCUGCCAGACACCCACUGGCCCUGGCAAUGAUGCCCCUGGGCCCCUGGCACCACUAGGACUCGGGGUGCUGUUGCUGCUUGCAAGCUGGUGCUAACCCCCCCUGGACUGAGCUGCCCCUUUUUGUGGUGUAGGGGCCUAUUUAAGAUAUCACUACCCUGCCUGGGAGGCAGCUUGUUAUGAGGGCUGCCCCUCACUGUGAGGGGCAGAGCUGUGUUGCCCCAUCUCUGCCCUCCCUGUUGCAAUGGGGAUGGAGGGAGGAGGGGGGCCCCUCUCCUGUUGUAAAGAGAGGGAUGGGGGCAAGAGGGACAUGGGGGUGGGGAGUGGGUUCUGUGUGGUGCUGAGCCCCUGUGUGCUGCCCCACAGUCAAGUGCUUUACCUCGAAUAA